AUGGCACCGCUCAGCACCAUGGACAUGCUGGCCGUAGCGAAGCGAUUCCCCGGAACGGCUACGACGCGUACUUCGCCACCAAACAGAGAGAGCAUGACGACCGAGGGUGGUUUUCUCGAGGCAUGGGCUCAAGGAUACAAUGUCGGCGCUCUGAUCAUCCUCAUCUUGAUCGUCUUCUGCAACUACCGCUCUGGCAUGUGGCUUCACAAGCUUAUUCUACUUGAGCUUGUUCUUGCCAUCUGGCACGGCACCUUCAUCUUCGUCGACGACCCGAAAUAUGGCUGGUACCUCAGCGCGACUGCAACCCUACUCUUCAUAUCAUAUUUCCUCCACAACGUCGUCUCGUGGCUCAAGAUCCGACCCUUCUUACCACUCUGGGGAUCUCGUUUCUUCAUCAUAUCGCUAAUUUGUGUUCAACCGUUCUGGAUCGCAGAGGCGUGGUCUAACUUCGCCUACUUCAAUCAGCUUGCAAAUGGCUCCAACAUCAACCCUCGCAUGCGGCCGUUUGAGGCUCUGCUGCGCGACCCCUGGUGGAUCUUCACAACAUGGAAGCUUAUACAUGCCAUCAAGAAGACCUACGCCUUCAGUCUGUGGACUCUCGUCGGUAUCAACAGGAGGUUUGGCGUCAUGCUGGCAUGCAUGCUACUCUCCAUUGUCUUCCUACUUACCGACGUUGCCGUCAGCGCUGCAAAAGUCACGGCCAGUAGCGGUAUCAACCCAUACUGGCGGUUCGCCCUCGUCUUCAAGUGCGCAUCCGACACCAUCUUCCUCGACGACUUCAAAUCUAUCCUGGACGAUAUCGUCGCCCGCAAAUUCAGCUCUGGCGAUGACUCAGGGCGCCGCCGUUCGAUAACCGGCAUCAGCCGCCCGAAAAGCUCCCGCUCAACCUCCCGUAACGACGAAUUCAUCGAAUGCAGCAACCUUGAGCGACCCGACAUGCCGUCACACGGUUUUCAGCCCAAGAUGACGGCACGGUCGAAAUAUCGCUCAGCUUUCUCCAAGAACCACAACGUACCAGAUGUUCCGACCAUCCAUAUACAACAUGCUGAGACCGAACAGCUACGGAGCCCAAGUCAAGAUAGCUGCGAUAGUCAAGGUCCUGUGUUGCCAAGGCCGGCGCAUACAGUUUAUCGCAACCCGGAGUUGCGGGCUAGCGAAAGCGAUGGUAGCUUGCUCAUCGGCAGGCUCGUCUGA